GCAGGUCAAGUUUGGGUUUCUGGGAAGCACACGUCUUGGCGUAUUUCUGAGGAAACUGUACAAUUCUGACCAUCUCAUACCAAUGGAUAUUUUUGUGGCCAUUUUACCAGUCCUACUCAUUGCUACACCAGUUCUAGGUUUUGGAGUAGACCCCGAUUUGCAAAUUGAUAUCAUCAAUGAACUGGACUUGGCAAAUGCAACUUUUGGAAUAACCCAGGUGGCAGGGCUUCACAACAACAGCAAAGCCUUCCUGUUUCGAGAUAUAGAGAGGGUAGUUCAUGCUCCAGCGCACAUCACAGAGAAGGUGGUUCAGCUGUUCAGGAAUAAGAGUGAAUUCACCUUCCUGGCCUCCAUCCAGCAGAAGUCCUCUACGUCAGGAGUCAUAUUCUCCAUCCAUGAGUCUGAACACAGUUACUUUGAGCUGGAGAGCAGCGGCCUGCGGGAGGAGAUCCGCUACCGCUACCGCUUCAGAGGGAAGCCACGCUCUGAGUCCUUCCCCUACAGGCUGGCCGACGGGCAGUGGCACAAGCUCGCACUGUCCAUCAGUGCCUCCCACCUGCAGCUGCAUGUCGACUGCAACAGGAUUUACGAGCGUGUGAUAGAUCCCCCACAGACAGACCUGACCCUGGGCAGUGGAGUGUGGCUGGGACAGCACAGCCACAAACAUGGCCUCUUCAAGGGUAUCAUCCAAGACGUGAAAUUUAUUUUUGCUCCAAAUGGAUACAUCACACAGUGUCCAAACUUGAAUCGCACCUGCCCGACAUGUAGUGAUUUCCUGAGUUUGGUGCAAGGGAUCAUGGACCUCCAGGAGCUGUUGGCUAAAAUGACGUUAAAGUUGAAUUACGCAGAGUCAAGGCUGAAUCAGCUGGAGAGCUGCCACUGUGAGAGGACCUGCAAGGUGAACGGGGUGGAGUACCGGGACAAUGAGCUGUGGACAGAGGCGGAGAACUGCAGGAACUGUGCUUGUAAGAACGGUGUGGUGGAGUGCCGGAGAAUAUUCUGUCCCUCUGCCAACUGCUCUGCAGAUUCUCUGCCUGUGCACGUUGAGGGCAAGUGCUGCAAGAAGUGCAGACCCAAAUGUACAUACAUGGGCAAAGUCUUUUCGGAGGGACAACGGGUUUUGACAAAAGGCUGUCGCGAAUGCAAGAAUGGAAUGAUGGUGAGAGUGACAGGGACCUGUCCAGAUCUCAACUGUACAGUGAGCGAACAGAUUCUCCCAGAAAACCGAUGCUGCAAUGUCUGCAAAGGCUAUGAUUUCUGCGCUGAGGGACUGAACUGUGGGGAGAACGCAGUAUGCAAAAACCGAAAUAUCAAAGCGGUGUGCGAGUGCAAGAGCGGCUUUGCGUCCAUCCAUGGAGACUCCAUGUACUGUGAAGAUAUUGAUGAGUGCGCAACGCAGAUGCACUACUGCCAUGCCAACACUGUGUGCGUGAAUCUCCCCGGAGGCCAUCGCUGUGACUGCCUGCCCGGUUUCAUCCGAGUCGACGACUUCUCCUGCACAGAGCAUGACGAGUGUGGCAGCGGGCAGCACUCAUGCGACAACAACGCCAUCUGCACCAACACCAUCAGGGGUCACCUGUGCACUUGCAAGCCGGGCUAUGUGGGAAAUGGAACCACCUGCAGAGCAUUCUGUGAGGAGGGCUGUCGGAAUGGAGGAACCUGUGUGUCCCCCAACACCUGCCUCUGUCCCUCUGGCUUCACCGGGCGCUACUGCGAGAAAGACAUCGAUGAGUGUGCAGAGGGUCUUAUCCAGUGUCACAACCACUCACGCUGCAUCAACCUCCCUGGCUGGUACCACUGCGAGUGCCGGAGUGGUUUCCAUGACAAUGGCUCCUACUUGCUCGAUGGGGGUUCCUGUGUCGACAUUGAUGAGUGCGCCACACAGACCCACACCUGCUCAAACGACUCAGCCUGUGUGAACCUGCAGGGAGGUUUCGACUGCCUGUGCACCACUGGCCCCGCCUGCACUGGGGACUGCCCUGAUGGGGAGGGGGUCAAGCAUAACGGCCAGGUCUGGACUCUCCCACAGGACCACUGCUCCCUCUGCUCCUGCAAGGAUGGGACUAUCUUCUGCAGACGAAUUGCCUGUGACUGCGAGGACGCCAGCGUGGACCUGUCCUGCUGCCCAGAGUGCGACGCUCGGCAGAGCAGCCAGUGUCUCCACCAGAGUGGCCACACGCUCUAUGGCAGUGGGGACAGCUGGAUCUACAGCUGCCAGCAGUGCCGAUGCCUAGAGGGAGAGGUGGACUGCUGGCCCCUGCCCUGCCCCAUCCUUGCCUGUGAAUACACCUCAGUGCCCGAAGAUGAGUGCUGCCCUCGCUGCGUAACGGACCCCUGUCUUGCCGACAACAUCGCCUAUGACAUCAGGAAAACCUGCGUGGACACUUCUGGCAUCACGCGCCUCAGUGGCUCCAUAUGGAUCAUGCCCGGGUCACAGUGCACCACAUGCAAGUGCAAGAAUGGGAGCAUCUGCUGCUCAGUGGAGUUAGAAUGUCUCCAGAACAACUAGACGCAGCUUCCAUGGAAUACCUCCCAACCCCAAACUGGAGUAAUCAUCUGGUUUAAAAGUCCAACUCAUUUUUUUACACGCCAGGCUAUUGCCAAAGUCUCCAUACCAGGAAUGUGACUGGAACUGCAUUUACAAGGGAACCAGUUGUACUGCAGGCUGUGGUUCAGGAGAGGCACUGGAUAAGCCAAGUGGGUUGAAUAUGUCUAUCACAAGGAAAUGACAGGCUUGGAUUCCAUCCUCACCUCCUCCUGGUAAACGUGUUGUAUUUUAGCUUUCUAUCCAUUAUCUGUUGGGAAAAACACAAGAGAGGAAAACACUCAGCCACGUGUAUUACUGUGGACAAUAACUGUGAGCAUACUGUAUGUAAAAUAGUUUUCAUGAGACACUUUUAUUUUUCAUCUUGUAAAUACAACAGCUUUUAUCUCCAUCUCCCCCUACAACUAUUGGUGUUGGCAGACAUUUUGGCCCUAGUUAUGAGAUAAAACACAGAGAUCUUCCCUUUUAAGGGAAUUGCGAAGACUGUGUUUAAAGACAUCCCUGCUAAAUUGGCCUUGCACUUCACUAAGUGAUUUGUUCAUCAAAAAAAACUAUUAACACAUUUUCUGACAGAAGCAAACACACCCUUUGCUAGAAGAUAGAAAAAAAAAACAAUCAGUACAGACAAGGUCGUGCCAGUGAAGGAUGGCAAAUCAAAUGCGUACAGUAAUUCUUCCCAGAAGUGCUCUGCUAAUUCUCAAUGCAGAGAGUGUUUAAUGGAUAGACAAGGCCCCUUGAUUUUCAAAGAGCAUUAGCAUAUUCCUGACUGUUAACAAUAUGACAGCAGGACUACAGAAAAAAAUAUAAUUAAAGACAAGUCACACAGACGGAGACUUUAUAUGCCAAUAGUUCAGCAAGGGUCAGUCUUGUUUACUUAUUGGCAAGCUUAUUAAAAAGGAAAGGAAUCUGGCCUCUGCCUUAAGUGUUCACUCCAGAACAGGGUGUUCUAUGGCUUUCGUCAGCUCUUUCACUUAGUCAGCCUCUGGCUUCCCGAUGCCUGGUGUCGAGAAUCAUGGGGGCGCAUCUGAAACAACAAAGCUUCAAGCCCUUGGGCCCAAUUUUAACGCCAUAAAAAAUAAGUUGGUGCAGUCGGCAAAUGUAUGCAGAGCAGUUGUUUGGUAAUUCGAUG